AUGUUGAAGCUUCAGCUCCUCCAACAUAGAACAGCAUCUUACAUCUUCAAGUCCCAAUUUUUCACCUUUAGAUUCUUAUCUCAAUCUUCUUCUCCCUCAAAGUCAUCUUCUUCGUUGCCUUCUUCGAGUCUGGCCGAAGCAAUAUUGAAAUGCAGAUCAGCAGACGAAGUGCUCAAGCUGUUCGAAACGUCUUCAAGGCUCAAGACGUCGAAGACAAAGGAUCUCAGACAUUUGACGACUGUAAUUCAUGUUUUAACCAGUGCCCAUAAGUAUACGCUCGCCAGGUGUUUGAUAAAAAGCCUCAUAGAAAGUCUCAGGCGCAACAUUAAGCCGACUGACAUUUCUUAUAGGGUUUUUAAUGCCCUCGACGAUACUCAGACUCCGGAAUUCAGUAUCGGGGUGUUUAGUCUAUUGAUUAUGGAGUUUCUGGAGAUGGGUUUGUUUGAAGAAGCUCUUUGGGUGAAUCGAGAGAUGAGAUUAUCUCCGGAUUCUAAAGCUUGUCUUGCGAUUUUGAAUGGAUUGGUUAGAAGGAGAUGGUUUGAUUCAGUCUGGGCAGACCACAAGCUUAUGAUUUCCCGUGGUUUGGUCCCUGAUGUCCACAUUUACUCAGUUUUGUUUCAAUGCUGUUUCAAACAAGGUCUUUCCUCAAAGAAAGAGGUACUUCUUGAUGAAAUGGCAUCCAUAGGGAUCAAGCCGAAUGUUUAUAUCUAUACCAUAUAUAUCCGUGAUCUGUGUAGAGAAAAUAAGAUGGAGGAAGCAGAGAAAAUGUUCCAGUCGAUGAAGAAACAUGGUGUUGUUCCAAACUUGUAUACUUACAGUGCAAUAAUUGAUGGUUACUGCAAGAUCAGUAACCUGAGACGAGCUUACACAUUGUAUAAGGAGAUCCUGGUUGCUGAAUUGCUGCCAAAUGUUGUUAUCUUCGGCACAUUAGUCGAUGGUUUUUGCAAAGCUCACGAAUUGGUAGCUGCAAGGAGCCUUAUGGUGCAUAUGGUGAAGUUUGGGGUUGAUCCUAAUUUAUAUGUUUAUAACUGCUUAAUUCAUGGACAGUGCAGAUCAGGGAACAUGUUGGAAGCAAUGGGAUUGUGUUCCGAGAUGGAAAGUUUGAAUCUUUCGCCUGAUGUAUUCACAUAUACUAUACUUAUCAGUGGGCUAUGUACUGAAGAUCGGCUAGAAGAAGCAAAUCGAUUAUUUCAGAGGAUGAAAAAGGAGAGAAUUUUUCCGAGCUCUGCGACUUACAAUUCGUUGAUUCAUGGGUAUUGUAAAGACUACGAUAUGGAGAAAGCGCUGGAUUUGUGCUCAGAGAUGACAUCAAGUGGCGUAGAACCCAACAUCAUAACCUUUUCUACUUUGAUCGACGGUUACUGCAUGGUGAGAAAUAUAAAAGCUGCAAUGGGCUUGUACUCUGAGAUGACCAUCAAAAGUAUAGUUCCUGAUGUUGUGACUUACACAACUUUGAUCGAUGCGCAUUUCAAGGAGGCUAACAUGAAAGAAGCACUCAGGCUGUACAGUGACAUGUUAGAGGCUGGAAUCCAACCCAAUGAUCACACGUUCGCUUGCCUAGUAGAUGGAUUCUGGAAAGAAGGGAGAAUCUCUAAUGCCAUCGAGUUUUAUCUGGAAAACAAACAAGCUGUGAACGGGAAAGAAAUGGGAUGUUGGAAUCAUGUGGGUUUUACAUGCUUGAUUCAAGGUUUAUGUCAGAACGGCUACAUUCUUCGAGCUAGCAGGUUGUUCUCGGACAUGAGAUCUGGCGGGAUAACCCCGGACUUGUGGAGUUAUGUUUCAAUGUUAAAGGGUCAUUUUCAAGAAAAACGUGUAAUCGACACAAUGAUAUUGCACUGUGACAUGAUCAAAACUGGAAUCUUACCAAACCUUUUGGUGAAUCAAUUGCUAGCUAGGUUUUACCAGGAGAAUGGAUAUUUAAGAUCAGCUUGUUUCUUGACCAAUCCUAGUCGUUUGGAAAGUAUAAGCUAA